CUCCUCCAUCUCGGGAACGAUCCCGGACUCGCUCGCAAAAGUGGGCAACCUCCGCCACCUCACCCUCACCGCAAGACGCCUCUCGGGCACCCUCCCAGCAGAGCUCCUCGGCCCGGGCCGCCUCGAGGAGCUAAAGGUGACGGGCCGCAUCUCCGGCACCGUUCCUGCCUCGUACUGCAAGUCGGCGAGUCCACAGCACCAUGGGUCCGAGGUGAGCUACGUCUGCUACGUCUACAGGUGGCCCUGUCCGGCGAUGAGCACCGACAAUCGGGGCCACCCCGCGUUGCACGCCGGCGACCGACCGCUCGGCGAGACGGAGAUCGUGCUCGCGUACUGCAGCGCGUCGCUGGCUUGGCUGAUGGGGACGCUCGACAAGCUCGCGCAAGUGGGCGCGAACGUGACCAGGGUGAACGUCGUCGCCAAGUGCGGCAAGAAGCCACGCGCAAGCGAGUUGCCGCGACACGCGACCGUCGAGACAGUGGAGAACGUGGGGCGCAACGACCACACGUUCGCGCGGUUCCUGGCGGCGCGCUACUGCACGCUCCCCGCGUCGAUACUCUUCCUCAAGGACACGUCGAUGGGGUACGAGGGCGGCGAUGAGACGGUUUUGGCGCCCAUCGGGGUCACCCGCCUCGCGCAGGGCCUCUCGGCGUCGCGCGACGGCUUCGCGUGCGGUUCGCACCUAGCAGGCACGAGGCGGUCGCGUCUGUGGCACGUGGCCGUCGAGGCGGACGAGUUCCAAAUGGACGACUACCACAAACAGCACGACCAGAACUCGAAGACGCAACGCGCCAACGUCGACGCUUUCCGCGCGGCGCAGCGCCCGCUGCGCCAGUUCUGGCGCGCCGUCUUCUCCCCCGCGACCCACGCCCGCGUCGACGCUGCGCAGCACGCGGUGCGGCUCGUGUGCUACGGCGGCACUUUCGCGGCCACCGCGACCGCCGUGCGGCGCACCCCGCGCUCCGACUGGAUCGCGCUGCGGGACGCGCUCACGCGCGGCGACAACAUCGAGGAGGGGCACUUCGCGGAGCGGCUGUGGGCGGUGCUGCUCUCGCCGUCGCCCUCGAAGUCGGUGGUGUCGGCGGUGCUGGCGGGCGGGGCGAAAGCGGCUAUGGGCAAGUGCGGCUAUUGCUCAAAACCUUUUCCCGGACUCCUCUCCAAGUGCGACGUGGCGGUGCUGCCCCCCGUGCCCGAUGAUCUCUCGGAGACGGAACCCGACCUCGCGGCCUCGUCACAAGCCGACGCGCCGCACGUGGCAGACGGCUGCGCCGGGACCGCCGCCUCGGCGCUCGCCGCCUCGGCGCCCGCCGCCGGGUGAAGUAGGGCAGUAGGAGCGGCACAGGCCGUAGGGAGUGUCUCGGGCGGCCCUUGUGCGCGCGCCAUCGCGUGGUGGCAGAAGACCGAUCUUUCGCCGCCGAGACGAACACCGACUCAAAGCUAGGGUAGCCGUGACAACUUCGUGUGUGUAGCGGCGGAUACGCUUAUUUAUACCAAUUCUUUCC